GCACGCCGCGUGCAUGUUGGUCCAGUUUCCUCUUUCUUAACUGAUAUCACGUCGCAGCUUGCAGCCAUGAAUCCAGCAACAACCUGGAUAUUUUUAUUUUGGGCAGUCUUUUCGCCCAACUUAGAGCCGAUUAAAUGCGAGAAACAUUCCCUCACUUACAUCUACACUGCCUUCUCCAAACCUGUCGAACUUCCGGGCAUCCACGAGUUCACAGCUAUGGGUCUGAUGGACAACAGGAUGAUCGACUACUAUGACAGUGAUCUAAAGAAAAAAGUUCCCAAGGAGCCCUGGAUGAAAGAGCGACUUCCAGAAGACUACUGGGAGAAAGGCACACAGUCCCGCCUGAGCAAGCAGCAGUGGUUCAAAGUCAACAUCGACAUCCUGAAGAAACGAAUGAAUCAGACUGAUGAUGAUGUCCAUAUUCUUCAGUGGAUGCAUGGCUGUGAGGGUGAGACGAGGCCUGAUGGCAGUGUGAUGUUUAGUCGCGGCGUUGACAUGUACAACUACGAUGGACGAGACUUCCUGUCCUUCGAUGACACCAAUGCAGUCUGGGUUGCCUCCACUGAUAUAGCAGUCCCGACCAAGAGAAAGUGGGAUGGUGUCCAGGUCCUAAAAGAAUACACCAAAGGCUACCUGGAGAACGAGUGUAUAGAUUGGUUGAACAAGUUCAUGACAUACGGACAAAAGCAGCUGAAAGCAGCCUCUCCGCCAGAGGUGUAUGUGUUUGCUACAAAGACCAGAAUUGAGACAAACGUCAAGUUGACCUGCCUGGCCACAGGUUUCUUCCCAAAAGAAAUCAAACUGGAGAUCAAAAGAGACGGCCGCGUUCUGACUAAAGAGGACGGAUUGGAGACCUCAGGUGUUCGACCAAAUGAAGACGAUACCUACCAGAGAAGAGACAGUGUGGAGAUUUUAAGGAGUGACGUUGCUUCAUACAGAUGUGAAGUCACUCACAGUGCAACCAAUGUAUAUGUAGAGAAGGUUUGGGAUGGUUAUUGUCCUGACCCGGCUGGAGGAAACAGCGUAGUUAUUAUUGCUGGGGCGGUUGUGGGCGUCCUUGUCGUGGCUGCAGUGCUGCUGGUGUUCUUGUAUAAAAAAGGGAUAAUUGGAGGAGGUGGACGCAACAAUCAUCAAGCUGUACCACUUGAUGAAGGUCCUGCUGCCCAAGGAGGAGGUAGACGCAACAAUAAUCAAGAUAUUGCCUUUGUUGCCGUUCCUGCCCAAGGGUCUUAUGAGUCUCUCUUCAUGCGUGAAAUUGAUCGCUUUAGAUUGAUACUCAACUAUUUUCAAGGUGUGAACAAAUGUCUCCUGAAGAAAAUGAAGAAAGAGAAAGGGUCUUAUGAGUCUCUCUUCAUGCGUGAAAUUGAUCGCUUUAGAUUGAUACUCAACUAUUUUCAAGGUGUGAACAAAUGUCUCCUGAAGAAAAUGAAGAAAGAGAAAGGGUCUUAUGAGUCUCUCUUCAUGCGUGAAAUUGAUCGCUUUAGAUUGAUACUCAACUAUUUUCAAGGUGUGAACAAAUGUCUCCUGAAGAAAAUGAAGAAAGAGAAAGGGUCUUAUGAGUCUCUCUUCAUGCGUGAAAUUGAUCGCUUUAGAUUGAUACUCAACUAUUUUCAAGGUGUGAACAAAUGUCUCCUGAAGAAAAUGAAGAAAGAGAAAGGGUCUUAUGAGUCUCUCUACAGGGGUGCCUCUGGUGGUUCUGGGUCUGAUGGGUCUCUCUACAGCCCUGCCUGUACGACUCAUGUAGCAGGUGUAACCAACAAUUAUCAAGAUACAGCAGUUUCUAUUCCUGUCUCUGGUAAGUGCUUUACUUUUCUGUUUUGGAUUCUUUUAAAGUUUGAAAUGUUAAAUGUUUUGGUGCUAAAGAUGUUUAUAAUGUUACAACAAUGACUCAGAGGGAGGCAGCAUGAUGAAGGAAUCCCAAAUGUCUGAAUAAACCAGAUUUAACUUUAUUAAUAAAUUAAAGUGUAAAAAAAGCUGAGACAGAGGAGGAGGAAGGGCCUCUUGUAGGUUGGCUAGGAGCCACUGAGUGGACAGGUGCAGUUGUUCAGACAUAAAUCACCAACCUGAGGCAGACCUUCUGGACACGAGCCUCUGCCAUACAUUACCAGUUCACCUUCAGAAGUCUAACUGGUAUCAGUCAUUUCUG